AUGUCGAAGCGCAAGGGCCGCGGGCAAGCUGCCAAAGGAAGCACCAGCCGGGGAAGCAAUGCGAAAGGACAUGGUGGGCAGAGCAGCAGGAACAACGCUGUUCCUGGCCAGCACCCCCACGAUGCUCAAGCGGUGCGCGAUACAGCACAGAGACAAGCGGAAAGGGCCCGCCAGACAAGGGAAGAAGCUUAUACCGGAAAGCUCCAGAGGCAGCAGCGAGAGAAGCGUUUCUUCAGCUUCCGCAUCACGUGCGAGAAGCCGGCUUGGCGCAAGACCGUGAAUCGGAAAGCACACACCAUCACGAGCAGAGGCCAAGUCCAUGAUGUGCCGGCAAUGGAGGGCGCACAAGCCGAGGUUUGGACCACUUUGCGCGCGGAUAAUGCGAUCACAUACCGCGUGCUCAUCGACAAUCAGAAGGGGCUGAACUUCUUCGUGUCCUUGAAAGACACCAAAUGGGCUCGAAGUGAAGGGGAUUCCAACGAGCUGUUCAGGCGCUUGAAGCGCAAGAAGAACACAGCGAAAGCACUGACUGCCGCAGAGGCGAGCUGUGCGUUCAGGGGAUGGGAAUUGGGUUUAACGAAGAUCGAAGCAGAGGUGGCGGCACUCCAUCCACUAUGUUUGACAGCAGCUCUAGACUUCCUCGAACAUUGGAGGGCGCACAAGCCGAGGUUUGGGCCACUUUGCGUGCGGACAACAAGGGUCCGUGAUUAUCAGUGA